UGGAAAUAUAAAUGGGGGGAUGCUUGCUCCAUUUUGUGGCCGCCAAGAGCUAUAGGGCUCUCACGUCUCUAACGUUAGCAUUCUGUCAUUAGAAUUGGAACAAUAUGGUAGCCCAAGCACAGGAGCAAGAAUUAGGGAAAAUCGCUUUAAGCGAUAGCGCCAGGGCACCGGCGCCAAAGAGCGCCAUGGAGCAGGAGCUUCUGAUCGAGGAUGCCAGCCUCGAUCCCGCCGAGCGCCGCCUCAAUCAGCUGGGAUACAAGCAGGAGCUCCGCCGCGAGAUGACGUUGCUGAAAAUCAUGGCAAUCUCAUUCUCCACAAUGACGCUCUUCACAGGAAUUACGCCGCUAAUUGGUCCUAGCUAUGCGUACUUGGGACCGGCCGCAACAAUCUGGGGAUGGGUCAUCGUAACCUUCUUUACGUGGUUCAUUGGUUUCGCUAUGGCGGAAAUUUGCUCCUCGUUCCCUACAACGGGGUCGCUGUAUUUCUGGGCAGCUCACUUGGCUGGGCCAAGAUGGGGUCCAUUGUCUUCGUGGUACUGUGCUUGGCUUGAAGCGAUUGGACUGAUCGCAGCCAUUGGAACUCAGGCUUACGCAGGAGCUCAAGCCUUACAAAAUAUAAUACUGCUUGCGUCUGGAACCGCGAAGGGCGGUGGGUACCUUGCUCCUCGUGGUGUUUUUCUAGCCAUGUACGUUGGUUUCACUCUCGUCUGGGCCGUCUUGAACACAUUUGCUCUGAACGUGAUUGCGCUCAUCGACAUUGUCUCAAUGUGGUGGCAGGUUCGCGACCUUUUGGUGCUUGAGCUUUGUCCGUCUUGCUCACUCCGUGCAUUUUUCUGGACACAGGUUAUUGGUGGCGGACUUAUAGUGAUUCUUCUGCCUCUGGUCGCCCCGAAAACUCAGUCAGCAUCGUUUGUGUUUACGAAGUUUGAGACGUUUCCAAGCAUUACCGGCAUCGAUAACAGGGCAUACUGCUUCAUCCUCUCUUUGUUGGUCAGCCAGUAUUCCCUCUACGGCUACGACUCAGCUGCACACUUGACGGAAGAAACAAAAGGUGCGGACAUCAAUGGCCCCAUUGCGAUUCUUUCGUCCAUAGGACUAGUCUCCGUUUUUGGGUGGGCAUACAUACUCGCCUUGACUUUUAGCAUCCAGGAUUUUACGUACUUAUUCGAUCCUAGCAACGAAACCGCUGGAAAAUACGUCCCAGCACAGAUACUCUACGAUGCGUUCCACGGGCGCUACCACAGCAGCAUUGGAGCAAUCCUGCUGCUGAUCAUCAUCUGGGGCUCCUUCUUCUUCGGGGGCCUCUCAAUCACCACCAGCGCCGCUCGAGUUGUCUAUGCUCUUUCACGCGAUGGUGGAAUCCCAUACUCUCGAGUCUGGCGAGUGGUCCACCCCAAGCGAAAGGUCCCGGCCAACGCAGUCUGGCUGUGCUCGGCCCUUUGCAUCCUGCUGGGCCUGCCAAUUCUCAAAGUCGACGUCGUCUUCACGGCCAUCACGUCCGUGUGUACCAUCGGCUGGGUGGGAGGCUACGCGGUGCCGAUCUUCGCCCGGAUGGUGAUACCGGAGGCCCAGUUCCACCGCGGGCGAUUCCACCUCGGCCCCGCCAGUAGAGUCGUGUGCCUCGUCUCGUUCCUGUGGAUCUGCUACACCGUCGCGGUGUUCCUCCUCCCGACCGUCUACCCCAUCGAGCUCAAGACGUUUAACUACGCGCCCGUCGCGCUGGGAGCGGUGCUCGCGGCGAUCACGCUGUGGUGGAUUGUAGACGCGCGAAAGUGGUUCAAGGGGCCCGUCCGGAAUAUAGAUGACUUCCAAAACCACAAAGUAUGAACUGGAUCUAUGCUCGCGCCCAAAUUUCAGAUUCAAAUUUGAAAACGGCAUAUUCGAUCUUUAAAAAAGUGAUGCUUCGAGACU